ACAACUGAAAAAUUAUGGGGAGGAAGAUUCACAGGAAGCACAGAUCCAGUAAUGGAAAGCUUCAAUGCCUGUAUUGAAAUAGACAAACGACUUUGUUUUGCUGACAUAAAGGGCAGUAUUGCCUAUGCUAAAGGUCUGACAAAAUUAGAUUUACUAACGGAGGAGGAAUGCGAUAUACUCUUGAAAGGUUUAAAACAGAUUCAAGAAGAAUGGAAAAACGGUCGAUUCGAAAUUAAGAAAAACGAUGAAGAUAUUCAUACUGCUAAUGAGCGGAGACUUAAGGAACUUGUAGGUGCAACGGCCGGAAAAUUACAUACAGGUCGCAGUCGUAAUGAUCAGGUUGCAACUGACGUAAGGCUUUGGCUAAAGAGUGCACUUGAUGAACUGAAAAGUUUGCUUCUAGAUGUGAUUCAUGCUCUUAUUAAUCGUGCAGAUAGAGAGAUUGGAAUUAUCAUGCCGGGAUAUACACACUUACAGAGAGCUCAACCUAUACAGUGGAGUCACUGGCUAUUGAGUCAUUCAUGGGCUUUGCGACGUGAUUCUGAAAGGCUUAAAGAAUUAGUUAAAAGAGUGGAUAUCCUUCCUCUUGGCAGCGGUGCACUGGCUGGUAAUGCCUUUGGAAUUGAUCGAAAAUUUUUAGCUUCAGAACUCGGUUUCUCUGACAUCUCCGGUAAUAGUUUGGAUGCAACAUCCGAUAGAGAUUUUAUAGCUGAAUUCUUAUUUUGGGCUACUAUUGUCAUGACCCAUAUUAGUAAAAUUUCAGAAGAUUUAAUUCUAUACAGCACCAAAGAAUUCGAUUUCCUCAAAUUUGCUGAUGCUUACAGUACUGGUAGUAGCCUAAUGCCUCAAAAAAAAAAUUCGGAUAGCGCAGAACUAAUACGGGGAAAAACCGGAAAAGUAUUCGGAAAUUGUUGUGCCCUUUUGAUGGUUUUAAAGGGAUUACCUAGCACCUAUAAUAAAGACUUGCAGGAAGACAAAGCCCCGAUGUUUGAUACUUUUGAUACUCUGAAUGGUGCCCUAAAAAUUAUACAUGGAAUUUUUUCGACUCUAACUAUCAAUGAGAAAAAAAUGGAAGCUGCUCUUAGCGUGGAGAUGCUAGCAACUGAUUUAGCUUAUUAUCUGGUUAAAAAGGGAAUUCCUUUUCGAGAAGCCCACUCUAUGGCAGGCCAAGCAGUUCAGAUUGCAGAGAGAAGAGGAUGCGGAUUGAAUCAAAUAGAUUUAGAAUCGCUGCAAGAAAUCAGUAAAAUGUUUACUAAAGAUGUAGUUCAAGUUUGGAAUUAUCGCAACAGCGUUGAACAAUAUACCAGCAUUGGUGGUACGAGUACGAAAUCCAUUUUAGAUCAAAUAGAUGUAAUGAAACAAUGGAUUGUGAAGCAGACAGAUGAAACUGGUUCAUCAUAA